AUGGACAUAUCGGCUCUGUGGACUCAAGCAGUCCACGUUUUCUCCGUGAAAUUAAAGCCUGGGACGCCGGAAUUCGGCCUCGUCUUCUACUUACCCCUAGUGUACUGGGUUGUUGCGGGCUUUUAUGAGCUGCUUGACUGGCUGAGGCUGCCGAUGACCGAGAAGUACAAGCUCAAUCGACGGGAGCCAGGGCGCGGGAACACGAUAACACACGGACAAGUCGUAAUCCGUGUCCUACUGCAACAGCUUAUCCAGACAGCCCUGACCCUAGUUUUCCUGGUUCUCGACGCCGACAUGUGUACCCGCUGCGCCGACGUCGGCAAGACGACUCUUCAUCGGGUUUCGCGGUUUAUUCUGGGAAUGUUCGUUAUGGACACCUGGCAGUACUGGAUCCAUCGUACCAUGCACACCAGCCCAUUUCUCUACAAGCACUUGCAUUCCGUACACCAUUCACUCAUGAUUCCGUACGCAAGCGGUGCGCUGUACAACUCCAUCCUUGAAGGCCUCCUCCUCGACAGCCUUGGUGGUGUGGUGACCCACUAUGCGGCUGGCCUGGAUUGCCAGACUGCCUUGUGCCUCUACAUUUUCGCAACCAUCAAGACGGUCGUGGACCACAGCAACUACCGCGGCCCCUUCAACCCCCUUCACGGCCUCCUUCCCAACUGUGCUGCCUACCAUGACAUCCACCACGACGUCCGUGGCAUUAAAAUGAACUUCUCCCAGCCGUUCUUCACGCAUUGGGAUUGGCUGCUAGAUACCUUUUUGGAUCCCGCCGGAAUGCACGUCACGGUGAAGGAACAGGCGAUGCAGCAGCAGGACGCGCGGAAAGCGGCAGCAGAGUCACAGCUGAAGGUCACGGAGAGCAAGAAGUCCCGAUAG